AUGGAUGUUUGUGAGUUAUCUAGCCAAAGACCAAUUAUCGCUUCAGGUUUCAUUGAAUUAAACAUCAACUGUUCUUUGUUUGUUGCAAAAGCAAACUACCUCAUCAAACAAACUGCUUCAUCAAAUAGAUUCCAGUACAACCGAGUAAAGAAGCUGACGUCUGAAACAUUCAGCGGGUCGGCAGAACUCAUCACAUUAGACUUGGAGGGCAACGAGCUAUCAACCAUUCCAAAUUCAGCCCUCCGAAAACUUUCGAAACUUCGCGCGAUGUCCUUGCGAAACAACCGCAUUCACGACAUAUCGCCUGGGGCGUUCAGUGGAGUUUCGUCGCACCUCAAUUAUUUGGACCUCGGUGAGAACGGCUCACCUAUCGUCAUACGUAAACAUGCCUUUUGCGGUCUCGAUCGGCCACUGCCAGAACAAACAGCGCAACAACUUCACCAGCAUGUCGCACUUGAUGGCAGUCAGAUGAAGCAUUCGCAGCAGCCACAACAUCCACAACUGCACACGCAACAGCAGCAUGCGUCAGAUUAUCCAAUGAACAGGAAGUCGGCGAAACAUCACAAACCCCAUCAAAAUCUGACCUAUAUUCAUCGACUGCAUAGCCAAAGGCGACGUCCAGAUCUAAAUAUUGACAUCUCAUUGGUUGGCAUGAUUUAUGCAAAUGAGCAGAGGGAGGGGUUGAUUGAACUAUAUUUAGACCACAAUGGCCUGAGACAUUUUGACAUGUGCCUGCUGAGAAGCUUAUGGACCUUGGAAGUGCUUGACUUAGUCGGUAUGUUCAACAACUUUUUUCAAGUUUCACGUUUUUAA